AUGUGUGAGGCGUGUGGUGUCUGUGUAGAGCUGCCUCUUCCGGGUGGCUGUCUCUGUCCAGUUGCUUUUUCUGGAGGAGACAGUGCUUCGACGUCUGCGCUCGAACCGCAUCUCUUUCUGGCAUGCUCAGCACAUCCCACCAAAGAGAAUGAGGCUCUCGGGCUGCUUCAGCAGGCGCAGAUGGCGUGCGAAGCGGCCGCAUGGGAUCCACACGAUUCCAACAUCGUGCUGACGGCGCACAGCCGCAGCCGAUAUCCAUCUCUGCUUCGCACUGGUGGGAGCAGCGGAGGCCUCCUCGCGCUGUGGGAUUUGCGGGAACAGCCUCACGAGGCGGGGGUGCUUGGCUGCAGCAGCCUCGGCGAGAGCACCUUCGGGUGUGUGCGCGUCUCAACGGAUCCUCACGGGCCGCUUGCUGCCCCCAUCUCCCUCUGCUUUAACCCCAGCUUGCCAUUCUCGUUCGUGUCAGGAGGAACCGACGGCGCUGUCAGAACGUGGGAUAUCCGAAGCCUUCAAGCGCCCGUUAAGGUCUUUCUUCUGCAUGCAAAAAGCACAGACGGCUGUCUGAAGCUGCACCGCGUCGAACACGCUUUGGCAGGGCCCUCUCAGAGUGUCUGCUUACCUGAAGAAAAGCAGGCUGCACCUGAAAGCACGAACGGCCGCCUCCUGUGUGUCGACGAAACAAGCAAUGUGAGUUCCGAGAGAGGUGGGCUCUCUAGAAAACCGAGGCAGGAGCGCCAUAUGCGCGGUACGCGCCAGAGCAACUCUGAAACACAAGACCUCAGAGAGACACAGUGGAAUUAG